CGCCGGCGGGAGAAGGAAAUAACGGAGCAAAGCAAUUCUCCUAGGUCGGAGAAACGGUCCACGGAGUAGUAAGCCGAUCACCAACCAGAGAUGACGGAGCCAAGGCGAUUGAGAGGGCACAAAGCCACCGCCACGUGUUGCAUAGCCUCACGCGACCGUCCUGACAUCGUAGUAACAUCCGGCGAGGAUGGUCGUGUGUGCUGGUUCGAUAUGCGAUGCAAAGAGGUACAGUUCGUUAUGGUGGUUGCGGAGCAACCAAUUUCGUCCUUGUGCUUCAAGCCAGGAAAUGAAGAUAUCCUCUAUGUUUCCUCCGGGAGUGAAGUUAAGUGUUUGGAUGUGCUCAUGGCCAAUGACUGGAAGCCAUUGAGGACUUACAACUACAACAAGGAUGAGAUCAAUCAGAUUAUUGACAUUCACCAGCAUUGCCUGUAUAAAACAUUGCGGGCUGGCCAUUCAAGUAUCUGUAGCAGUGUGCAGUUUAUCCCUUGGAGACCAUGGGGAGUCAUUACUGGAGGUCUUGACUCAAAGCUCAUUAUGUGGGACUUCUCAAAAGGGCGCCCAGUCAAAAUUGUUGAUUUUGGCUCUAACAGUAGUAAUAAUACGACACAAUGUCUCAAUCCUGCUUUCGUUCAUGCAAUAGCGGUUCCAGAUGUUGAUAUGGUCGACAAUGCAGGCAAGAUAUGUGCAGUAGCUAGGGGUGACGGUGUUGUCGAUGUGAUAGACAUUGAAGUAGAACUUGCUGCUGCUAUUAGGUCGAAAAGUAUGGCAAAAGCUAAGAAAGGGUCUCAAAUAAAAUCCAAUAACGAAGCCGAAUCAAGCACAAGCGGCGAAACAACAGCCAACACGAAUCAAAGCAGCAGGUUGCAUUUGGAUUACGAGUUGGGGGGCCAUACUGCUGCAGUAUCGUGUGUCGGGUUUUCGUUGUUUGGGGAUAAGGGGAAGUUCAUAGUUUCUGGAGGGAAUGAUAAGUCAGUAAAGCUGUGGGAUUGUUCCCGACGCGAGACAAUCCAGCAGGAUGGUGGCAGCAAUAAUGGGCUGCUACAUCUAAGCAUCAGUUUGAGCAAAAAGGUGAAUUGGCUAUGUACAACUCCUACUGAGUCAGAGAACCUUGUCAUAUGCGACACAACUAAAGUAGUGAAGGUCUAUUCUGUUACAUGAUCAGCAUUUUGGAGUCUGAAUCGGCAUUUUGGAGUAUGGCAAGAUAUGGAUGAAGUCCUGUACUCAGCGAGAAAACAGCUUUAACCCAUUCAAGAUCAGGGUCAGAAGUGUCCAUUUUUGUGUACCAUGAAAGUUCAGUGAUUGAAGCAGGAUGGAUCUACUUGAUAUUCCUCCUGGAAUGCUCAAUUUUGCAGAUGAACAGUAUUAGUUGCAGAAUAGCACCAGUACUAACCUUCAUCUUGCCCCUUUCUCGAUCCUGACAAAGCUUAGGACUCGGUCACAGCUGCAUAGGACACUGUAAUUUGAGCUGAAUUUAAGUGUACUGUAGAUUGAAAAGAGGAAAGAAAGAGCCUUUAGUCACUCAUUCAUGCUGAUAGAUGCUUGUUCCGCCAUAAUCUCGUCUGAACAUGGAUCUUGAUCUCGGUGGUCGGCGUUGUUGCAAUUGCACUGCCAUUUUCUCCCCACCAGGCAAGCUGUGGACUUUCUCCAGACCCUGACUUGGAUAUUAACGUGCCCAGGCUUCUGUAAUCCAGUUUCAGCCCGUUUUAUUAUAUAGACACAUGAACAGUGAAGUAGUUAGCGUAAGGGUACUGUUUCUUUACAGGCACAGGGGACUUGAGAACAAAGCCUCUUCUGUUGAGUUAGCUAAGGAUGGGGGCUCCUCAACUAAAUUUAACUUUCCUUCAACUUCCCGCAUAAAAAUUUGAAACCCAAUCUCUGCCUUUCUUGAGGGUGGGAAAAAUAGACGUUGCUUCGUCUCAAUCUCUCAUCACCUUUCUCUCUGCACAACCCAUGACACCAACACUGCAACCUCCACCCAACCAUUUCACCUUCCCAUGAAAGGCUUCACCAUUAGAGCAAUGCAAUCACAUUGCUAUUGCAUUUUGAUUAUUAAAUAUAAAAACUGGAUCAUGGCAACACAAACUGAGUAAUUGCUGACCUGGGGUUCUCUUUAGCAAGAAAUAGGGGCAAAAGCAAGAUGAUGGAACCCGGGGCUCCUGUGUGCGACACCUGUGGCGAGGCCGUUGGGUUGAAGCCAAAUGGGGAGUUGUUUGUGGCUUGUCAUGAGUGUAACUUCCCAAUGUGCAGAUCUUGUGUCGAGUAUGAGGCGAAGGAAGGCCGGAAAGCAUGCUUGAGAUGUAGCUCCCCUUAUGAUGAGCAUUUACUUGAUGAUGAUGCUGACCAAAAUCCACCUGGUGGUAGUCGAUCCACCAUGGCUGCUCAUCUCAGUGAUCCACAGCCUCAGGAUGUUGGGAUUCAUGCUAGGCACGUCAGCACUGUGUCUACAAUCGACAGUGAAAUGAACGACGAAUCCGGGAACCCGAUUUGGAAGAACCGGGUUGAGAGUUGGAAGGAUAAGAAGAAUAACAAGAAGAAAAAGGGUGCUAAAAAUAACAAGACUGAGCAAGCACCAGCUGAGAUUCCACCUGAGCAGCAGAUGGAAGACAAGCAGCCUGGAGAAGCUUUAAUGCAGCAGCCACUUUCAGAAAUCGUUCCAAUGUCUCGAAACAAGCUUACACCAUAUAGGGCUGUGAUCAUAAUGCGAUUGGUCAUUCUUGGUCUGUUCUUCCACUACAGAAUAACGAAUCCUGUCGACAGUGCUUUCGGUCUCUGGCUCACUUCUGUCAUUUGUGAGAUCUGGUUUGCCUUUUCUUGGGUAUUAGAUCAGUUCCCUAAGUGGUCUCCCAUCAACAGAGUCACAUAUCUGGACACCUUAUCUGCAAGGUUUGAAAGGCCCGGUGAACCAUGUGAGCUUGCUCCUGUGGACUUCUUUGUGAGCACAGUCGAUCCAUUGAAAGAACCGCCAUUGAUUACUGCCAACACGGUGCUUUCCAUCCUGGCUUUGGACUACCCCGUGGAGAAGGUCUCCUGCUAUGUAUCUGAUGAUGGUGCUGCCAUGCUCUCAUUUGAAUCUCUGGCUGAAACAGCUGAGUUUGCAAGGAAGUGGGUUCCGUUCUGCAAAAAAUAUUCGAUUGAACCAAGGGCGCCUGAGUUUUACUUCUCCCAGAAGAUUGAUUACUUGAAAGACAAGGUUCAGCCUUCUUUUGUGAAAGAACGUAGAGCUAUGAAGAGGGACUAUGAAGAGUACAAAAUUAGAGUGAAUGCAAUGGUAGCCAGGGCUCAGAAAACACCUGAAGAAGGUUGGACUAUGCAAGAUGGAACGCCCUGGCCCGGUAAUAACACCAGAGACCACCCUGGAAUGAUUCAGGUCUUCCUCGGAAACACUGGAGCACGAGAUACGGAUGGAAACGAGCUCCCCCGUCUAGUUUAUGUCUCUAGAGAGAAAAGACCAGGCUACCAACAUCACAAAAAGGCUGGUGCUGAAAAUGCUCUCGUGAGAGUUUCUGCGGUUCUCACUAAUGCACCCUACAUCCUCAAUCUCGAUUGUGACCACUAUGUAAACAACAGCAAGGCAGUUAGGGAGGCAAUGUGCUUCUUAAUGGAUCCACAAGUUGGUCAAGACGUGUGUUAUGUUCAGUUCCCUCAACGAUUCGAUGGUAUUGACAAGAGUGAUCGAUAUGCCAAUCGCAAUGUGGUCUUCUUCGAUGUUAACAUGAAAGGACUGGAUGGGAUUCAAGGACCAGUUUAUGUGGGAACAGGUUGUGUUUUCAAUAGGCAAGCACUUUAUGGGUAUGGACCUCCUUCAAUGCCUACCUUAACCAAGAGUUCCUCCUCAUCCUCCUCAUCAUGUUCGUGGUGCGGCUGUUGCUCUUGCUGCUGCCCAUCGAAGAAGAAGAAGGCUGAGUUAGAUGCGACCGAGCUUUACAAAGAUGCAAAAAGAGAAGAGCUCAAUGCUGCCAUCUUCAAUCUUCAUGAGAUUGACAACUUUGAUGAGUAUGAGAGAUCAAUGCUGAUGUCCCAGAGGAGCUUCGAGAAAACUUUCGGAUUGUCUUCCGUUUUCAUCGAGUCCACAUUGAUGGAGAAUGGAGGGGUGCCUGAAUCCGUCAACUCAUCGACACUCAUCAAGGAGGCAAUUCAUGUCAUCAGCUGCAGCUAUGAAGAAAAGACAGAGUGGGGCAAAGAGAUUGGUUGGAUAUACGGAUCCGUGACAGAGGACAUUCUAACCGGAUUCAAGAUGCAAUGCCGUGGGUGGAGAUCAAUCUACUGCAUGCCGUUGAGGCCAGCAUUCAAAGGCUCUGCGCCAAUCAAUCUUUCUGAUAGGCUUCACCAGGUCCUGAGAUGGGCGCUUGGCUCGGUUGAAAUCUUCUUGAGCAGACAUUGUCCACUCUGGUAUGGCUUUGGAGGUGGCCGCCUCAAAUGGCUGCAGAGACUUGCCUACAUCAACACCAUUGUUUACCCUUUCACUUCCCUUCCUCUCAUUGCCUACUGCUUGAUCCCCGCCAUCUGCCUUCUCACCGGCAAAUUCAUCAUUCCAACGCUGUCGAACCUAGCGAGCGUGCUCUUCCUGGGCCUGUUCAUGUCGAUCAUCCUGACCGCGGUCCUCGAGCUGAGAUGGAGCGGGGUCGGGAUCGAGGAUCUGUGGCGAAACGAGCAGUUCUGGGUGAUCGGCGGCGUGUCCGCCCACCUCUUCGCCGUAUUCCAAGGGUUCCUGAAAAUGCUUGCCGGAAUCGACACGAACUUCACGGUCACGGCAAAGGCGGCAGAGGAUGCAGAGUUCGGGGAGUUGUACAUGGUGAAAUGGACGACGGUGCUCAUCCCUCCGACGACCCUCCUGAUCGUGAACAUCGUCGGCGUGGUGGCCGGAUUCUCCGACGCGCUGAACAAGGGUUACGAGGCGUGGGGGCCGUUGUUCGGGAAAGUGUUCUUCGCGUUCUGGGUUAUACUCCAUCUGUACCCGUUUUUGAAGGGUUUGAUGGGGCGGCAGAACAGGACGCCGACGAUUGUGGUGCUUUGGUCGGUGCUUUUGGCGUCGGUGUUCUCGCUGGUUUGGGUGAAGAUCAAUCCUUUUGUUAACAAGGUUGAUCCCAUGGAGAUUGCUGGAACGUGCAGCUCGAUUGACUGCUGAAGAGAGUGAUGACCCACGUAAUCCUGGCGGGGAAAGGAUUUGUAUCCUUGAUGCUGAGAAAUAUGUUGUUUGUUUUAGAGAGGGAGGGAUUGGGUUUAGUGGAAGAUUUUGUAUUGUUGUCAAAUUAUGGAUAAAUCUUCAGUGAUUUGAUUUCUACUAACAAUCAUUUAAAUUCGAAUUUUUAAGAAUGAGAAGUGAAUCGAGUUCUUAUGAAUGAGUAGUGAAUCAAAGAAAAGUGUGACGAAUUAAAUGUACACUCAUAUAUGUGAUUGCAUAAUUCAAUGUGUGUUUUGUGUUCAAUUAACUAAUGUGCUC